UUAUAGAUGACACCCAACUACCUAGAUAUUUCACCUAGUGCAGUGGUCCUCAAUAGGCAGCUGCAAGUGUCCUCUUUUGGGAUCAUCGAGUAGACCUAUGGAGGCAUCAUCUUUUCUGGACGUGCUGCUGAGGUGUGUAGAGAUUUGUCCAACUACCCAGGGACGGACUGGAUGUGUUGGAACAUGCCAUCUCAUAUAUAUUUGAGUAGAUGUAUGGAGGUAAGUGAAGAGAGACUUGAGCUCUCCUCUGGAUCCUUUCUGCUCAGUUCGUUGUGUCAUGAUGAUGUUGGUGGUGAUGGUGGACCCAAAUGCAGGUGAGCAGAUCACAGAGCAUGAACAGGCUGGCAGGUAAACUGAGUGAUUUAUUAAUAAAAGGCAAGAACAGGUUUGGACAUGACAACUAACUGGCAAGAGAGGGCUUAAAUGCACGUGUGAUCAGGGACAGGUGAGAGGGAAACAAUCAGGCAGGUUUAAUUAACAAGGACCGGGAGAGACAAACACAGAAGGGCGGAGCUGCUGACGGAGACAGUAAGCCAAAACUUCAAAAACUGAAGAGAGAGAGAGAGGGAGGGACAGAAAAAAGGAGGGAGAGAGAUGAUUGGCUGUGUGUUCUCUCCUGGCGGCACGCCGGUGUCCAGUAUUUUCAGCAGAUCAUGACUUUCUGACACAUCACCAGCCCUCCGCCUCAGUCUCCAGUCUCUGAACUCAGACAUGUCAAACAACAGCGCCACCAACAGCAGCUUAGUCAUCGCCCAGAAGGCAGUGAAGCAGCUCCGUCUGGAAGCCAGUGUCCGCAGAGUAAAGGUCUCUCAGGCUGCCGCAGAACUGAAAACCUUCUGUUUGCAAAAUGCUCACAAAGACCCCCUCCUAACGGGGGUGCCCUCCAGCGAUAACCCCUUCAGGCCUCCUAAGUCAUGUGUCCUCCUCUAAGGACUGUGGAGGACGGCCCAGCCAUCAGACGCCGGAGGGGUUUCCCUCCGUGAAUUAUCUCUGCUGAAGAUAAACAAGAAGACCAGAUACGUGCCCUGCAGCUGACAAUCGCUACAGAAAAAAAUAUGACAAUUCAUCAACAGAUUUAUAGUCAUUGUUUUCCAAAAUGUACUUUAAUACUAAAUAUUAUUUUCCGUAUCUGCUGCCUUGGUUUGCUAUUUGUUUAUGUAAACAGUAUUUUUGUAUUUGUGAACGACCAACAUUCAGCUCCUAACCUUUAAAAGUGAGCAUGAAUUUGUCACUAUUACCACUCACCUGGUAUGAGUGGAUCUUGUCCCCUUUUAUUUUUUAUACUCAAAGACUUGAUUGAACUGAAAUCUGAUUAGGACUGAUUUUUGAACUACUAGUCAAAAAAGAUUUGUGCUUCAGAUUGAUUUCCAUUGUUAUUUUAAUUACUAUUGCACAUCAGUGCCCAUGUGUCACCAUCACUCUGUGCUACAUGUGCUAUAUAAAUAAAGCUGCCUUGCUGUGCCUGUUAUUUGCAACUGUAACCAACUUCAUGAUAGGAGCACCCUGGAACAAAGAAUGACUAUCAAAUAAAAUAAGUUUAAAAAGCGG